CCUGUAAAAAAGCAUAAUUUUAUAUAUAUAUACUCUAAAUCCCGAAAAGAAGCUUUGAAUUCGUACAAUAUUCGUGCCAGCUUCCGUGGAACUGGAACGGUUCCGUUCAACCCAGACAAAGUAUUAAAUAGCACCCAAUUAAACGAGAACCAUCAAAUACAACGUCAUGUGACUCCAGAGCCGCAGUAUACUUAUGUAUUCCGUACGCCCAAAGGCCUCAAAGAUAUAUACGAUGCCAAAUUAGACGAAAUGGGGGGCCGGGAUUUCAGGAGGUUUCAGGGGAAGGUCGCAAAGGCACUGGCAGAGAAGAACACGGAAACCGCCCGACUCAAAGCCGAACUUCAAAGGGCUGAAAAUACAAUUUCAGACUUAGGAGGGCUUGCUAGCAAGAAAAGGAAACGGGUUCAGCCCAAUCUGAACGAACGAUUUGUUCAGAUUGA